AACACCCCAGCCGAGACGCAUUUUUCCGCAGUGGAAUACUACUAUCUAAGCUUCUUUUUGUUUUGGUGUGUGCGAGAAAACGAGUGUGAAGAAAAUGCUGUUCAACAAAUGCCUGGAAAAGUUGUCCAGCUCGCUGGGCAGUGUGGUCAAUCACAAGCUGCAGGAGAAACAAGUCUACAACAAUAACAAUAUCAACAAUAACAAUAACAACACGCUAAACAACAACAAUGCGUACAACAACCAGCGAAACUUUGAGUACGAAAGAGCCAUACAGGCGCACUACGGAAGCAAGGGAAGGCGCUCGGAGGAGCGCGAGAGGAGCGGCAAGUUCAAGGCCAGCAAGGGUCGGAAAGCAAAGGUCACCCCACCAACGGAGACACCCGAGGCCCAGGAGCCGGCCUGCAAGAACUGUAUGACCCACGACGAGCUGGCCCAGAUCAUAAAGGGCGUGGCCAAGGGCGCUGAUCGAGACAACCGAUUGCAGCGCAGACGUCGUCCUCUCUCCGCCCAACCCUCCGCCUCCGCCUCCACGUCGACGGAAUCGCUGCACCGGCUCACACCCAGCCCGCAGGCCUCCUACCCGGCCACGCCCACCUCCUGGACAGCCACCCCGCCCCAGUUCCCAGCCGCCUUCGGCGGCGCCAGCUGCUCCAACAGCACACUGUCCCUCUUGGCCACCAUGCGCGUCCAGCUCCAUGGUUACACAUGGUUUCAUGGCAAUCUUUCCGGAAAGGAAGCGGAAAAAUUGAUCCUGGAGCGGGGCAAGAAUGGUUCGUUUCUCGUCCGUGAAUCUCAGAGCAAGCCUGGCGACUUCGUCCUUUCCGUGCGCACGGACGACAAAGUAACGCAUGUCAUGAUUCGAUGGCAGGACAAGAAGUACGACGUCGGCGGCGGGGAAUCCUUUGGCACCUUGUCGGAACUGAUCGAUCACUACAAGCGUAAUCCCAUGGUGGAGACGUGCGGAACCGUGGUGCAUCUGCGACAGCCGUUCAACGCCACGCGAAUCACUGCGGCUGGCAUCAAUGCCCGGGUGGAACAGCUGGUCAAGGGAGGUUUCUGGGAGGAGUUCGAAUCACUGCAGCAGGACAGUCGGGACACUUUCUCGCGCAACGAGGGCUACAAACAGGAGAACCGCCUCAAGAAUCGCUACCGCAACAUAUUGCCAUACGACCACACGCGCGUCAAGCUGCUGGACGUGGAGCACAGCGUGGCCGGAGCCGAGUACAUCAAUGCCAACUACAUACGGCUGCCCACCGACGGCGACCUGUACAACAUGAGCAGCUCGUCGGAGAGCCUGAACAGCUCGGUGCCCUCGUGCCCCGCCUGCACGGCUGCCCAGACACAGCGGAACUGCUCCAACUGCCAGCUGAUGAACAAGACGUGCGUGCAGUGCGCCGUGAAGAGCGCCAUUCUGCCGUAUAGCAACUGUGCCACCUGCAGCCGCAAGUCGGACUCCCUGAGCAAGCACAAGCGCAGCGAAUCCUCGGCCUCUUCAUCGCCCUCCUCCGGCUCUGGGUCCGGACCAGGAUCGUCGGGCACCAGCGGAGUGAGCAGCGUCAAUGGACCCGGCACACCCACCAAUCUCACGAGCGGCACAGCCGGAUGUCUGGCCGGCCUGCUAAAGAGACACUCGAACGACUCGUCCGGGGCUGUCUCUAUAUCGAUGGCCGAGCGGGAACGCGAGAGGGAGCGCGAGAUGUUUAAGACCUACAUCGCCACCCAGGGCUGCCUGCUCACCCAGCAAGUGAACACGGUAACGGACUUUUGGAACAUGGUCUGGCAGGAGAACACGCGGGUGAUCGUCAUGACCACCAAGGAAUACGAGCGCGGCAAAGAAAAAUGCGCCCGCUACUGGCCGGACGAGGGUAGAUCGGAGCAGUUCGGCCACGCGCGGAUACAGUGCGUCUCGGAGAACUCGACCAGUGACUACACGCUGCGCGAGUUCCUCGUCUCGUGGCGGGAUCAGCCGGCGCGCCGGAUCUUUCACUACCAUUUCCAGGUGUGGCCGGAUCACGGAGUGCCCGCCGAUCCGGGCUGUGUGCUCAACUUUCUGCAAGAUGUCAACACGCGUCAGAGUCACCUGGCUCAAGCGGGCGAGAAGCCGGGUCCGAUCUGCGUGCAUUGCUCUGCGGGCAUCGGACGCACUGGCACCUUCAUUGUGAUCGAUAUGAUUCUCGAUCAGAUUGUGCGCAAUGGAUUGGAUACCGAAAUCGACAUCCAGCGCACCAUUCAGAUGGUCCGAUCGCAGCGUUCCGGUCUUGUGCAAACCGAGGCGCAAUACAAGUUCGUCUACUACGCGGUGCAGCACUACAUACAGACCCUGAUUGCCCGGAAACGAGCUGAGGAGCAGAGCCUGCAGGUUGGCCGCGAGUACACCAAUAUAAAGUACACGGGCGAAAUUGGCAACGAUUCACAAAGAUCUCCAUUACCACCAGCAAUUUCUAGCAUAAGUUUAGUUCCGAGUAAGACGCCACUGACGCCGACAUCGGCGGACUUGGGCACUGGGAUGGGCCUAAGCAUGGGCGUGGGCAUGGGCGUCGGCAACAAGCACGCAUCGAAGCAGCAGCCGCCGUUGCCGGUGGUCAACUGCAACAAUAAUAACAACGGCAUCGGCAAUAGCAGCUGCAGCAACGGCGGCGGGAGCAGCAAUACCAGCAGCAGCAACGGCAGCAGCAACGGCAACAUCAACGCCCUGCUGGGCGGCAUCGGCUUGGGGCUGGGCGGCAAUAUGCGCAAGUCGAACUUUUACAGCGACUCGCUGAAGCAGCAACAGCAGCGCGAGGAGCAGGCUCCGGCGGGAGCAGGUAAGAUGCAGCAGCCGGCGCCGCCGCUGCGACCGCGUCCUGGCAUACUCAAGUUGCUCACCAGUCCCGUCAUCUUUCAGCAAAAUUCAAAAACAUUCCCAAAGACAUGAUCGGCUUGCGACCGCCGAGCCAUGCGCCUGCGUUGCCGCCGCCACCGACACCGCCGCGCAAAACAUGACAAAUGAAUUUCUAAGUCGCGACGCCCCCUUGACACGCCCCCCUGACACCCACCUCCCCACACACGCACACAGACCACAUGUGGUUUUCAUUUUAAAUGUCACCCAGCCGCCGCCCCAAACCCAAAACCCAAUCCCUCGACUAUGUUUUACUGUUGUACCACGUUCUACGUUUUUUUUUUAAUAAUUGUAAUCUAUAUACUUUUUUGUAAUUGUGUGUAAUGUAAUGUUUAGUUUUAUGUUAUUGUCUCGCUUUAUGUUGUAAGUGUUCCCUGCACACGCAAAGCAGUAACCCCACCACCACCCCAAACCCCAAAACCCAGGCAUAUUUAUGUAGUAGUAUCUUAAGAAUCCCCGAACCGGUAGUUGAGGAUACAAUCUGGGCGGAACUGCAGCAGAUCCGCCAAAAAAAAACACAUUUUUAAGCAGAAUCGCAGCAACAAAAUGAUAACCCCCGUUCCCUGUUCCAAACCGCUUGAAUUUGGCGGAAUUGGCAUUAAUAGUAUUUCACUUUCUUGAAAAUAUUCGCUUUAGAUGAGAAAAUUGACUUGUGACAAAUAUUUACAUGUAUUGCGCUGGUUACAAACCACAAAAGUUGUUUAACUUUAAAUUUUACGAAUCGCAUGUUUGAAAAUAGUUGUAGUUUCCCAUUUGGGAAUCAUUGAAAUAUCCAUUUCUAAAGGGAAAUCUAGUUCUGGCACGUUCAAUUUGAAUCGGUUAAUUUCUAAUCUAGUUGGCGAAAAAGUGAAGAAAAGUGAAGUCCACCUCCUCCAAAUUCAACUUGAAACGGAAACGGGUUACCGGUUGGAGUGCAAAUAAAGUUUUUAGUGUAGUAAGUGUUGACAAAAUCGAUAGAGAAGAAAUUAGCGGAGUAACUGAGGCAGUAAGCACGUAACGAUAAUGAUACAAAAAGCGUUGAUUGUGAUUCGAGUGACAGCGAGAACAGAAACUGAAACAGUAACAGUAACAGAUGAGAACAGAUGCGAAUGAGAUCAGAACAGAACAGCGGAGACGCCAACCGAACAGAACAGAAAUAAACAGAAGAGAACAGAUUAGAGGUAAAAGAAAAAGCUAAGAAGCGCUUAUGCGUGUCGUCCCUAGAAUAAGAAAACUAAUAUUACAGCUCGACAGAUCCAGAUUCAGAUCCAGAUCUAUAUCUCUAGCAGCCAAUUUCUGAUUUUCCCUUCCCCCUUAAUUUUCCGAUUAAUUUAGUGAUUGUGUGUAUAUUUUUAAUUGUAUAUUGAAGAUUAUUUAUAGCGAUUGUCCAUUGUGUUACAUUUCAAAUGAUCGAAAGAAUUGUAUUUAGAAAUUUUGUACUUUAGAAAUUAUGCAUUAAUUGUGUGUCUGUGUCUCUCUACCCAGUCUCCCUAUCUCUGUCUCUCUCUCUCUCCCUCACCCUCUCUGUCUAUGCACGAGUGUUUUUAACUAAGUUUA